AUGAAACGGAACCAAUCAACCUUGGCUCUGGUGGAACAAAUCUUGUCUGAGUUCAGGCUACAGGAAGAAGACCUAAAGAAAGUGAUGAGGAGGAUGCAGAAGGAGAUGGACCGGGGCCUGCGGCUGGAGACCCAUGAAGAAGCCAGUGUGAAGAUGCUCCCCACUUACGUGCGCUCCACCCCAGAGGGGUCAGAAGUGGGAGAUUUCCUCUCCCUGGAUCUGGGCGGCACGAAUUUCCGGGUAAUGUUGGUAAAAGUGGGAGAAGGAGAGGAGGGUCAGUGGAGUGUGAAGACAAAGCAUCAGAUGUACUCCAUCCCUGAGGAUGCCAUGACAGGAACGGCAGAAAUGCUAUUUGACUACAUCUCUGAAUGCAUUUCUGAUUUCCUGGACAAACACCAUAUGAAACAUAAAAAGUUGCCUCUGGGCUUCACAUUCUCCUUCCCCGUGCGGCAUGAAGACAUUGACAAGGGAAUCCUUCUCAACUGGACCAAAGGCUUCAAAGCAUCAGGUGCCGAAGGGAACAACAUAGUUGGGCUCUUGAGAGAUGCUAUCAAGCGGCGUGGGGACUUUGAGAUGGAUGUUGUUGCCAUGGUCAAUGACACAGUGGCAACAAUGAUUUCCUGCUACUAUGAAGACCGCCAGUGUGAGGUCGGCAUGAUCGUUGGCACGGGGUGUAACGCCUGCUACAUGGAGGAGAUGGAGAACGUGGAACUGGUGGAAGGGGAUGAAGGCCGCAUGUGUGUGAACACCGAGUGGGGAGCCUUUGGGGAUGCUGGAGAACUUGACGAGUUCCUGCUGGAGUAUGACCGGGUGGUGGAUGAGACCUCCCUGAACCCCGGUCAGCAGCUUUAUGAGAAGAUCAUCGGGGGCAAAUACAUGGGGGAGAUCGUGAGGCUGGUUCUACUGAAACUGGUAGAUGAGAAUUUGCUCUUCAACGGGGAAGCAUCUGAACAGCUGAGGACCCGGGGGGCCUUCGAGACCCGCUUCGUCUCCCAAGUGGAGAGUGAUUCUGGGGACCGAAAGCAGAUCUACAACAUCCUGAGUACUCUGGGACUGCUUCCCUCCACCACAGACUGUGAUAUUGUGCGCAUGGUCUGUGAGAGUGUCUCCACCAGGGCAGCCCAGAUGUGCUCCGCAGGGUUGGCAGGCGUCAUCAACCGCAUGCGGGAGAGUCGCAGCGAGGAGGUCAUGAGGAUCACCGUCGGUGUGGACGGUUCCGUCUACAAACUGCACCCCAGCUUCAAACACCGAUUCCAUGCCACUGUGCGGCAGCUGGCGCCCUGUUGUGACAUUACCUUCAUCCAGUCAGAGGAGGGCAGCGGCCGGGGGGCUGCCCUUGUCUCCGCGGUGGCCUGUAAAAAGGCCUGCAUGCUUAGCCAGUGAAGCAGCGGUGGCCCCCGCCUGCCGGGGCAGCUGCCAGGGCGGCGCUCACAGCAAGCUGCUCCCCAGCUCCUUGGGCCUUGGUCCAGGACAGAACUGCUCACCUGAAGGAGGCUGGGCCUUUGCUGAUCGCGAGUGCCUGGGAAGGUGUACUCUUGGAGGUUGUUCCUUCUUCCAAAGGAGAAAGCUGAGAGCGCAAGGCAGCUUGUUUCUCUCCAUGCAGUGGCUGAUGGCCUCUUCAAGGAUGGGGGACUUACCCAUCUAUGGUAAAUGGGCGUGGUACUCAGCUCAAGAACCCCCCCCUCCCCAUGAGGACCAGGGGGAAAGACCUGGCAGAGAAGGAAUGGCUUCAAAGAGAUCCAUAACUAGGAAUUUUUGAGUCUGGAUCAAGGGAAAGGAUGCUGGGGGAAUUCGCCUGGGCUGCGGCCAAAGGGAAGAAGAGUACACCUGGGUACCGCCAGAUUUCUGUGCUGCUGAAGGGCUGACUUAUACUGGGUAGAAGUAGGCAGAGUGCGGGGAAACAGAGCUCAACCACUGGGGAAGGAAGUGUGCCCCAGAACCAGGCUGUCAGCAACCUCCACAUUUUGGUGCCCUGGGACAGUCUUUGUUGCUCUCUCGUUAAAAGCUCUGACCUUAAAGAAUGGCCUCUUACACAGCUCUGCCCAAGCCCACCAACAUAGCCAGGCCUUUGUGUCUCCCUCUUCCCUCUCCUCAUACCUCCCCACCCCCGCGUCUCACCCUCUCUUCCUAGCCGGUAGCCAGGCCCUUAAUUGAAACCCAGUGGUAGCCAGGGAGGGUCUAUUCCUGGUGUGACUCUAGCUUGGUGCAGGGAGGCCGCAGCCAGCUUCCUUUUAUAUGGCUGACUUAUGGAUGCCCCAUCAGGGCAAGCUCCAGAUCCCUGGCACGGCAAGCCAGCUUCCCUGCCAGCCCCUGCCAGUCUGCCCCCUACGAGGAUCAUUGGGCUGUCCUCAGACUCAAAAGAUUCUCCCUUUUCUCUCUCCUGGGUCCCAGAAGGCAAGAGCCUGUGGACUUCAGCCUGAGGGUGUUAGGGGGAAUAACCUACAUGUGCCACUAAAGAGCACAGAUUCCCUGCAUCCUCAGGCAAGGCGGUGCUCACCCGGGUGGGCCUUGGUCCUUUUUCUCCAGAGAAAUACACUCAGUAAUUCAAAAUGAUCAGAACCUCAGCAAGAGGGAAGAAGUUAUCUGGCACCUUCCCCCGACCCCGAUCCAAGCCUGGCAAGUUGUGUGAGCCAAGGGGUAUCCCUGCAUGCCAGAAAUAUACCACCACAGACUGGCACAGAAGGACAAGGCCCCCUGCCUCUCUCUGAGCCGGAAGCCCGAAUGUCUCCCUGGUGCUCCGAUUGUAAGAGCCUUUCCCCAGUCACUCUCCAGAGGAAGGCCCUGGAGCCAGGCCUUAGUAUCGGUCUCACCUGUAGAUUAUAUACCCAUCGAACCACAAAACACACACACGCACAGCCCAGGCCUUCCUUUCCACAUUGUGAAGCCAGCGUACUCAUCACGAUCCUUUCCAGUUCCUUCCCUGACUGUCUUUUUAUUUUUAAAUAAAGAAAAAUUUGAAAUAUGACAUUUUGGGUCAGUUCAAUGGUGAUGAUUUCAUAAAUAUGCUUACAAAAUAAAUGAACACAUGGAGAGAUAUUUUGGUAUAAUCUAAUAGCCCAUAUAUAGCCUAUACCCCUCUAGCAAUGGGAAUUCUUCCCUUAUCAGGUCCCUCCCCCUCUUACCCAGUUACUAUCCACAGGCCACUCAAUCUGGGUGACUGGCCCAGAGAUAAUUGUGUCUGAUAUUUGUAUAGCACAUUAAUGCUUGCAAAACUCUUUCCUCAGAGAACAAUUUGAUGGGAUGGUAAAAGUAUUAUUCCCUUCCAUGUUGCAGAUGAAGAGAUGGAGGUGAACAUAUCCAGCCAUUCUGGAGAGCAAUUUGGAACUAUGCUCAAAAAAUUAUCAAACUGUUCAUACCCUUUGAUCCAGCAGUGUUUCUACUGGGCUUAUACCCCAAAGAGAUACUAAAGAAGGGAAAGGGACCUGUAUGUGCCAAAAUGUUUGUGGCAGCCCUGUUUGUAGUGGCUAGAAGCUGGAAAAUGAAUGGAUGCCCAUCAAUUGGAGAAUGGCUGGGUAAAUUGUGGUAUAUGAAUGUUAUGGAAUAUUAUUGUUCUGUAAGGAAUGACCAGCAGGAUGAAUACAGAGAGAACUGGCGAGACUUACAUGAACUGAUGCUGAGUGAAAUGAGCAGAACCAGGAGAUCAUUAUAUACCUCAACAACGAUACUGUUUGAGGAUGUAUUCUGAUGGAAGUGGAUCUCUUCGAUAAAGAGAGCCUUAAUUGAUCAAAGAUGGACAGAAGCAGCUACACCCAGAGAAAGAACACUGGAAAUGAAUAGAAACUGCUUGCAUUUUUGUUUUUCUUCCCGGGUUAUUUAUACCUUCUGAAUCCAAUUCUCCCUGUGCAACAAGAAAACUGUUCGGUUCUACACACAUAUGUUGUAUCUAGGAUAUACUGCAACCCAUUCAACAUGUAAAGGACUGCUUGCCAUCUGGGGGAGGAGGUGGAGGGAGGGAGGGGAAAAAUCGGAACAGAAGUGAGUGCAAGGGAUAAUGCUGUAAAAAAUUACCUUGGCAUGGGUUCUAUCAAUAAAAAGUUUUAAAAAAAAAAAACAAAAAAGAAGAGAUGGAGGUUCUGAGAAAUAAAGAUCUUGGCCAAGGUCACAGAGUCAAUAA